AUGGCUGUUGACGAGAAGGAGCAAGUAGUUCGACGCAAUCAACUCUGCCGAAACUGUCUGCGUCGUGGUCACAUGGCGAAAGAAUGUUCAUCGGAGAGCAGCUGCCGCAAGUGCCGAGGACGGCAUCAUACACAGCUGUGUUUCGAGUCAAGGUCUACAGGCAGUAGUCAACCAGUUACAAUCAACCAGUCGGCCCAAUCUAGUGCUUCCGGCCAGGCGGGCAGUAGUAGCAGACCGAUGUCAGCCACGCCAGCAGCGCAUACUGGCAUUUCGAGCUGUACAACGCAAGACGGAACCAGGAGCAGGGUACUAUUAGCCACAGCGAUCAUCAUCAUGGUGGACGAUAGUGGCAACGAGCAUCCAGUGCGAGCUUUGUUGGAUUCGGGCAGCGAAUGUUGCUUUGUAUCAGAACGAGUGGUGCAACACAUGAAGGUUCGGCGACAUAAGGUGAAUCUUCCGAUCGCAGGGAUUGGUCAAGCGUCUACCGAAGUCCGCUGCAUAUUCCGCUCGAUAGUGAAGUCUCGAAUAUCCAAGUUUUCCACCACCAUCGACGCCUUCGUUCUUCCCAAGGUCACCGUAGAUCUGCCUUCAAUCUCCGUCGAUGCGUCGAGUUGGUCGCUUCCGACAGGAAUCCAGUUAGCUGAUCCGUCAUUCUACCAGUCCGGAGUCAUUGAUGUGGUGUUAGGGGCCGAGGUAUUCUUCGAUCUCUUCAAUGUUGCUGGUCGAAUUAAUUUGGGCGAAUCUCUUUCGUGUCUGGUUAAUUCGGUUUUCGGUUGGAUUAUCAGCGGCAAAACUCCUGAACAACAUUCAAGAUCUUCCGAAGUCUGCAACGUCGCUACCAAUGCCGACAUCCAUCGUGACAUGGAGCGAUUUUGGGCCAUCGAGGACGAUUCAACGGUCGUCCACUCUGCAUCCGAAGCCUACUGUGAGAAAUUCUUCAGCGAAACUACUCGUCGCUGCGAGAAUGGACGGUACGAAAAGUUGGGACACAUGGAGCGUAUCGAUGAAUCAGAUGCAGCGUCAGGGCCUGCAUACUUCCUUCCACAUCAUCCAGUCAUUCGCGAGGAGAGCAGUACAAACAAGGUGCGUGUCGUCUUCGAUGCUUCUUGCAAGAGCUCAACCGGAAUUUCCCUGAACGACGCUAUGCUAGUGGGUCCAAUUGUUCAAGAAGAUUUGCGGUCCAUAACGAUGCGAUCUCGCCUGCAUCCUAUCAUGAUGACUGCUGACGUCGCCAAAAUGUACCGGCAAAUGGUUUUGUUUCCCAGAGACUGCCGAUUUCAUUUGAUAUUCUGGCGUCCUUCACUAUCAGAACCGAUCCGCAUCUACAAAUUGAAGACCGUAACCUACGGCACCCCUCGCAGCGAAAGCAACCUGUGA